AGGAGGCACUUCCGGUCCAAACCGGAAGACCGUGAGUAGCGGCGGCGGGGCUGACCCAUCCUGAGUGCCAAAGCUGGGCUUCUACUUGAGAUUUUCCUCGUGGUGCCACGGUCCGGCGAGCAUCACGCCGAGACCCAUUUUCCAGACGACCACGACGAGGCCGGGGUCACGAACUCUGGUGCCCCUUACCAGCUUCCAGUCUCUCGAGGUGGCCAGUGUGGUGCUUGAUCCUUGUUUCCAGGAUGGACUUCCCCGGUUCCCUCCGCCCUGCGUUGUUUAUGACUGGCCCCCUUGGUCUGAGCGACGUCCCUGACCUCUCUUUCAUGUGCAGCUGGCAAGACUCGCUGACUCUGCCAGAGGCCCAGCCCCAGAACUCAGAGAAUCGGGCACUGCAUGUGACCAAGGACCUGCUGUGGGAGCCGGCAACCCCUGGGCCUCUCCCUAUGCUGCCUCCCCUCAUCGAUCCCUGGGACCCUGGCCUGACUGCCCGGGACCUGCUUUUCCGCGGAGGGUACCGGUAUCGGAGGCGGCCCCGAGUCGUGCUGGAUGUUACUGAGCAGAUCAGCCGGUUCCUCUGGGAUCAUGGAGACGUGGCCUUUGCACCCCUGGGGAAGCUGAUGCUGGAGAAUUUCAAGCUGGAGGGAGCAGGGAGCCGCACUAAGAAGAAGACAGUGGUCUGUGUGAAGAAGCUGCUCCAGGACCUCGGUGGACACCAGCCCUGGGGGUGUCCCUGGGCUUACCUCAGCAACCGACAGCGCCGCUUCUCUAUCCUCGGGGGCCCCAUCCUGGGCACAUCAGUGGCGAGCCACUUGGCAGAGCUGCUGCACGAGGAGCUGGUGCUGCGGUGGGAGCAGCUGCUUCUGGAUGAGGCCUGCACUGGGGGCGCGCUGGCUUGGGUGCCUGGAAGGACACCCCAGUUCGGGCAGCUGGUCUACCCUGCUGGAGGCGCCCUGGACAGGCUGCAUUUCCAAGAGGUCGUUCUGACCCCAGGUGACAAUCCCCAAUUCCUUGGGAACCCUGGACGCAUCCAGCUCCAGGGACCUGUCCGGCAGGUGGUGACAUGCACCGUCCAGGGAGAAACUCUGCUGGCCGUCCGGUCUGACUACCACUGUGCCGUGUGGAAGUUUGGUAAACAGUGGCAGCCAACCCUUCUGCAGGCAAUGCAGGUGGAGAAAGGGGCCACAGGGAUCAGCCUCAGCCCUCAUCUGCCCGGGGAGCUCGCCAUCUGCAGCCGCUCAGGAGCUGUCUGCCUGUGGAGCCCCGAGGACGGGCUGCAGCAAAUCUACAAGGACCCUGAGACCCUUGUGUUCCGGGACUCCUCUUCCUGGCGUUGGGCAGACUUCACUGCCCACCCUCGGGUGCUGACUGUGGGUGACCGCACUGGAGUGAAGAUGCUUGACACUCAGGGCCCGCCGGGCUGUGGUCUGUUGCUUUUUCGUUUGGGGGCAGAGGCUUCGUGCCAGAAAGGGGAACGUGUCCUGCUCACCCAGUACCUGGGGCACUCCAGCCCCAAAUGCCUCCCCCCUACUCUCCAUCUCGUCUGUACGCAGUUCUCUCUCUACCUAGUGGACGAGCGCCUUCCCCUGGUACCGAUGCUGAAGUGGAACCAUGGCCUCCCCUCCCCGCUCCUGCUGGCCCAACCGCUGCCUCCGCCCCGGCCCAGCUGCGUGCAGCCCCUGCUCCUCGGAGGCCAGGGUGGGCAGCUGCAGCUGUUGCACCUGGCAGGAGAAGGGGCGUCAGUGCCCCGCCUGGCAGGCCCCCCCCAGUCUCUUCCUUCCAGGACCGACUCCCUCCCUGCAUUUCCUCUGCUGGAGCCUAAGAUCCAGUGGCGGCUGCAGGAGCGCCUGAAAGCACCGACCAUAGGUCUGGCUGCCGUCGUCCCGCCCGUGCCCUCGGCGCCCACACCAGGCCUGGUGCUCUUCCAGCUCUCAGCGGCGGGAGAUGUCUUCUACCAGCAGCUCCGCCCCCAGGUGGACUCCAGCCUCCGCAGAGAUGCCGGGCCUCCCGGCGACACCCAACCUGACUGCCAUGCCCCCACAGCUUCCUGGACCUCCCAGGACACUGCCGGCUGCAGCCAGUGGCUGAAGGCCCUGCUCAAAGUGCCCCUGGCUCCUCCUGUGUGGACGGCACCCACCUUCACCCACCGCCAGCUGCUGGGCAUUACGGAGCUGCGGAGGGAGGAAGAGGAAGGGCAGCGGCUGGGUGUGCUCCGCAGGGCCAUGGCCCAAGGGCGGCUCCUGCUGCAGAGAGACCUGGGCUCCCUCCCUUCGGCAGAGCCACCCCCUGCACCCGAGUCAGGCCCAGAGGACAAGCUCAGUGAGCGCCUGGGGGAAGCCUGGGCAGGCCGAGGGGCUGCCUGGUGGGAGAGGCAGCAGGGCAGGACCUCAGGGCCCGGGAGACAGAGCAGGCGGCCCAAGCGCCGGACCCAGCUGUCCAGCACCUUUUCGCUCAGUGGCCAUGUGGACCCCUCAGAGGACACCAGCCCCCCUCACAGCCCUGAGUGGCCACCUGCUGAUGCUCUGCCCCUUUCCCCUGUGACCCCGCCCUCCCAGGAGUUGACUCCGAAUGUGUGUGUCCAGGGCAUCCCAUCAGAGCGGCGGCAGAUGCUCCGUGACUACAUGGCCAAGCUCCCACCCCAAAGGGACACCCCAGGGUGUGCCGCCACACCCCCCUCCUCCCAGGCCUCCAGCGUCCGGGCCACUCGCUCCCAGCAGCACACACCCGUCCUCUCUGGCUCUCAGCCCCUCCGGAAGAAGCCUCGAAUGGGCUUCUGAUGACACAAGGUGGGCUGCCCUCAAGCCCCAGAGAGCCCCUCAUCCUUCCUCCGGGACCAGAUGUGCCUUCCACAGUUGAAACUUGAGAAGCAGAGCUCGCCACCUUCUGGAGGCCACUGUGAUGAUGAGCCAAGCAGUUUGGAGCCAAGUUGAAGGGACAGGGCAACAAAAUACAAUAGUAGUUUCUUUUGUAUUUUGUAUAUUCGCCUGAAGAUCAUCCCGAAAGGCAGGUUGGAGGUGCUGACGGGCCUGUGUUGCUGGGAUUCUAGUCUGUGCCGGGAGGCAGGUCUCCGCUGCGCCUCAGCUGUGGGGGCCUCAGGCAGGUCCCUCAGUUCUCACGCCUUCCUGUCUGGUGAAAUGGGGGCCAGUAGUGCUGGCUCCUUGUGUUUGGUGAGGGUGGAGUGAGGCUCCUGCAGAGCCGCUGAUGAGGUGGGCACAGCGGCGGUCGGCAGCUGCUGUUUUGGGUUGCUUUGUCAAUGUCUGCCCCAGUCUGAUGUUUUGUACAGGGAGAUGCCUUGGAUCCAGGUUCAGGGAUUAAAUAAACUUGUCAGCUGAAGAUGAAUUGGAAUGGUCACACUUUUUAGGCUGGACAGCGUCCCGCCACAGCUACUAUCUGACACUGAGCUCAUGCACAGAGAUGAUGGCUGAUGUUCCUUCUCCCUCGGGACAUGGGUCUGGCACCUGUGGGCUCUCAGUAGUGCCCUCUGAGCAGAGGAUCAUGGUCACGUCAGUUUGGAAGAAUUCUCUGUUGUGCCUCACAGACUCCCCCCUUUCUUUCCUCCCCUUCUUAUUUUGAUGUCUAAAGCAUCAAGUCCCUCUUCCUCAGAGUUUCUCUAGCUGCAAUGGAAGAUUCUGUUUUCCUGUGGGGAAAAUACUCACUUGAGAUUUUGCAGGGACCCAGGUCUGUCUGGUUUCUGAUGACACAAUAAGAGAAAGGUCUUUUUUCAGGGUGGCUAGUGAAAGGAAUUGCAUAUGCCUCACACAAACAGGAGUUAGCCCAAUCAUACACUGACUCACACGGGUGUUAAAAUGUUUAUCAUGCCUAAAGGAGACAUUUAUAAUUAAACCAUUUAUGCUACAUA